AUGGAUUAUUCUGAAAAUGAUGAUGAGGACGAUGAACGAAUGACAAAAUCUGCUAUUGAAGGCGGAUAUUAUGGAUCAAGAAGAGGAUUUUGGAGUGAAGAAAUUGCUGAAAGAAGGCGAAUGAUUCGAAAAUAUAGGAAAAAAAGAGGAAAAAGCUUGCAUUACGCGAAUGGUUCGAUAAUUAGUGAAGGAUCUAUUCAUGGAAAUGAAGCCGAUGAAAAAUUAUCAAAGGUCGACGAAGCAUCCCGAAGUGCAUCACCUUUAACUAAUGUUCAACCUCCACCUCCAGCACCGACUUCUCAACGACGUCCAUCAAUUUUCCAAAGUCGACAAAUUUCUGAAGCAUCAAUUCAAGAAGCAUAUCCGACUCAAACAGGAAAAGAAGCCACUAAGGAUACUCCGCAACCCAGUAUUUUUAAUGAACCAAUAAGAAAUCCUCCUAUUUUCGGAUCUUCAAAUGCGUCUAAUCCUUUCAGCUUAACAGCGACCACUUGUCUUAAUUUAGUACCUUUCAUACCAGCUUCAAACUCAAUGCCUUACGGAUUGGGUUCGCCCAUUAUGGUGUCACCGUACGCAACCUUACAACUUCCUUGUAAGCCAUCAGCACCAGCAAACACCUCGCCGAAUCCUGAGGGCAUGUCUGACGGCCGAGAUACGACUGCUCUUCAACUAAGCAUGUCGCUGGAUCAAAGUUCAGAGCAUUUUUUUUCACCCAGUGUUUUUUCCAAUUUUCAGUAUAACCAACAUUUAAUUCGAUCACAGCUCGAUCAAGCUCAACAAACGGCACAAGUUGCCAGUUGCCAAGUGCAGCUUCUAAGAGAUCAAUUGACCAGCGAAACAACAGCCAGAAUUGAAGCACAGUCUCGAACACACCAAUUGUUGAAUGCAAAUCGAGAACUUCUUGAACAAGUUCAAGCGUUGGUCUUGAGGUUACAAGCUUUGGAAUCCCGGCUUACGGGUGAAGUUCAUGCACAGGCGAAUCAGCCGUCGACUUCAAAAGCAUUUAUUUCUGCAAGUGCUGCAGAAUCAGCGUCUUCAAUGACGCAGACUUCGCCACUAGAGCGGACUAAUAUUAUGAAAAAUGAAACGACGGCAUCUGGAGCCAAACUUCCGGGUCCAAAACCAGUUGAUCCAUCUCAACCUUAUCAAGUAGGAAAUAUUGAAAAUUUUCACUUCACACGUUUUUUUACAAAGUUGCAAACUUUGGCUGAUUUGCGAUCUGGUUCAUUGCCCCCAAAAUCAAAGAAUAUUGAUAUUGUAACAUUAAAUCGAAGAAGAAGGCCGAUUGAUUCUGAUAUAAAAACUGAACCAGAAAGUGGUGCUGAGGAUACAACCGAUUAUAGUUCAUCAGAUCAGUACGAAAAAGCUCCUGAACUUCGCAAAGUUCAGAAAAAUUAUACUGCCGAAUUCCCUCAAUUAAAUGUUUUUAUGUCGAAUCCUCAGGUUAUGCCAAAUAUAUCAUCUUUUUUCUCAACUCAACCGCCGCUAUCAUCUAUACCAUCCAUGUGUGAACCUACUACAUCACCUUCUCUUCCUGAAAAUUUCCAUCAGCCUUCUAUUCCUUACCAAGAAGCAAUGGAUAGGCAAAACCAAUCAAAUUCAACUAAGAUUGAAUAUGAUCAACAAGGAAACGCAACACCGCUGAAAAGGCCAAAAGACAAAUUCAGUGGAGUUCUUAUGGAUCGUGAAUUCACUAGAAUGUCAUUCAAUCCAAAGUUUAAUAAAGAUGAGCGAAGAAGAGAAUUUACUGAACCGGCUAUGCGAACAUUGCGCGAAACUUUAAAUGAAAAUUUUGGAACUACUGAGGAUAUUCACGAAAAAACCGUUGAAAGAUAUAAAUCCGAUGAAGAAGAACAAGUGAAAACGCAGAAGCAAUUAGGACGUAGUAGUGCAUUAAAUUUGAAUCUGGAAAGAAUGAAUCUUGGAAAAGUUAAUCCUAUCGAUUCUAAAAUGAGAUUCAAUGAACCGAAGAUCUCAAACACACAAAAACUCUCUAGAUUCCAAGCAGCGCCAGAUGAUGUCGCUUCUUCUUCUUUAGUUACAGCCAUGUAUCCACCUAUGAAAUAUUCUCCACCAAUAAAAAAUAAAAAAAGGCUUCGAUCAUUAUCUGUGGAUAUAGUUGAAGAAGAACCUAGCGAAAUGAUCGGCAAUGGUCCAAUUAGUCUUGCAUAUAAUCAUGUGGAUGCAAACAAAGACAAACCCCUUACAUCCAAGGGCAAUAUAGAUACGAUGCAAGCUUUACGUACUGCUAUAAAGCGGGGCAUAAUUGGCAAGCCGAAACCCCUUACGAAAGAUGAUUUAGAUGGGAUGAGAAGUUACUCAAAAAAUAUUGAUAUUCAAAAGUCAAAACUUGGUGAUGCAGCAAUAUUGGCAAGGUUGACCAAAAUUCCGGUCUAUAAAUCACCAGCUGAUAAGUUAGAAAAAGCCGGGUUCAAAUACCCCGAAAAUACUUCAUGA